CCACUACUUGCGUUUAAUUGAAUUAGCGUACACAAUGUGAAGUAGUAUUUUUUUUACUCUACAGUAAAAGAAAUAUACUAACACUGUCCCUUCACUUUCACGGUUAUGUGAAAAUCAUUCAAAUUCAAAUCAUUCUCGCACUUCUCUCUGUCCGUUGUCGUCCUCUUGUGGCCAAAUGGUGCUCAGAUUUCUGAAUGUCACGUGAUUUCUGUGAAAAGGCGCGUCUGAGAAAGCGCUUGAGAGAGACACAGAGAGACACAGAGAGAGAGAGAGAGAGAUAGAUAAGCAGCGUCACAGAGAGAGAGUCAGUCAUAUUGAGUUCAGUCUUUCAGUAACAACCGGAGCAGACAAGAGCGGAGAAAUUAAGAUUCCUAUGGCAGCAGGAAGAAUGCGCUGCACGCGCAGACUGCGCUCCUGGAUCGUCGAACAGGUGAGCAGUGGUAAAUAUCCUGGACUUCAGUGGGAUGACGAGGACAAAACCAUGUUUCGAAUCCCAUGGAAGCACGCGGGGAAGCAGGACUUUCGCAAAGAUGAGGAUGCUGCCAUCUUCAAGGCCUGGGCUGAGUUCAAAGGGAAGCUGAGGGACGGAGUUCCAGACAAUCCUGCAUCCUGGAAAACACGUCUGCGCUGUGCACUGAACAAAAGCCCGGAGUUUAAGGAGGUGACGGACCGAGGUCAGCUGGACAUCUCAGAGCCGUACAAAGUUUAUCGUCUGAUCCCCAUCAGUGAGCAGGGGUUGUUGUUGCCGGAGAAGAAGAGCAAGGACAAAAGGAACAGUAGGCAAUUGAAGAGGAGGAGGAGGAGGAGGAGCAGCAGCAGCAGCUGCGACUCAGAGAGCGAGGAGGUCUCUGCCGUCAAGCACAUAAAGAAGGAGGAGACAGAGGAGGAGCAGGAGAUGACGGUGACGCCACAGCUGUGUGUGGUCAACUCUCUGCUGCAGGACAACAUCAGUGUCCAGGUGGAGGAGACAGUUCUUCACAGCACCACCUCCAUCCAGGGAGAAACGGUGGAUGAGAUCACGCUGGACGUUCGUAUCCAGGAGAACCUCCCCCAAGAUGUUCAGGAUUCCUUCAACGUCGCGGUCCUUUAUUUGGGACAGGAAGUCCUCAGACGCCACGUCCAGGGUAAAGAUGUACGAAUUAAGUAUCUGCCGUCGUCCUUGGUGCCUCCUACGCCCUCUGUCCUGAAGGACCGAUUCCCUCCCAUCCACCUGCCGGAGCCCCCGUCGACGCUGCCUGCGGGUGAGGAGCUGCAGGGGCUGCACACGCUUCUGCCCUUCAUGGAGAAAGGAGUGGUCCUCACCUCCACGCACAAGGGGGUCUACGCCAAAAGGUACUGCCAGGGACGAGUCUUCUGGACCGGACCGCACACAAACACAGACAAUAACAUCGGUACCAGCACUGUGGGACUCCAGAAGAUGGAGAGGAACACGGAGCCAGUGCUGCUGUUCAGCAGAGACGCUUUCAAACAACAACUGGACCAGUUCUAUUCACAGGGAGGUGAACCUCCUGAGUGUGGUGUCACGCUGUGUUUUGGAGAAGAACUGAGUAACAACGAGGACUUGUCCAAAAAACUCAUCAUUGUUAAGAUCACAUUUCCGUGGGCGGAGCAGAAGCUGCAGGAAACUCAGUCUGUCUUGCAGUCCAUCAACUUCCUUCAGUCUCUGGCCAGUCAGUCUCCAAUAGGGGAAAUUACCCUGGAACUGAUCACACUUUAAGGACUUUAACAUAAGAAACUGGACUCUCUGCACAUGUUGGAUUUACAACCUAACAGCAGCAACACCCAGUGUAAAGUCUGCUCACACACACAGUCAUUGUGACCAAAUAUAGUAAAAAACAAACAAACAAAAGAAUAAUCAACAUAAAGGUAGCAAUCAUUUAUCUUUUCUUUUUUUUUUUAACUUGAAACAAGUGUCUCAGUGAUGAGAUUGUGUUCGGUCGUCGUCACAGUUCAAAAAUCUCCAACUAUGUUCAGCUUCAGUCUUAGCCGAGUCUGUGUCUUUUCAAAAAAAGUCUUUUCCCUGGAAUCGAUUUUCUGAAGCACUACAUGUUUAAAAAGAAAACACUGAGACGUCGUCUUUACUGUGUAAAAUGUAAAGUUUGAUAUUUUUUUUUUUGUUUUUUUUUGCUCUCAUAGGUUUUAGCUUGUUUUCAACAAAGUCACAACCCAAUAUUAAAAAUGUUUUUCAGGAAAAUAUAAAGAACAUUUAAAAACUAAAAUCCAACCUCGAGCUGCGACAACUAAUUACAUUUUAAAUACAACUGAUGUACUUUUAAAAAGACAUUUAAAAGUUGUAUAUUUGCUAUUUUGUUCCAGCAGAGUCAACUUGACAAAAAACUCGCUGAGCCUAAAAUGGCUUCUACAAAGGUGCACCCGUUAAAACAGGGAAACUGCCAAAAUGUAUUGGAAAAUAAUUUGCGAUGCAUAGGUAGUAAAAAAAAAA